AUCUGGGUUCUCCAACAUUACUUGCUGAGAGAGACAACCAAGAGAAGCUGCUAUGUCCGUCUCCAUACUUUUUCAGACCACGGCCCAUCUGAGAGCUCAGCUGUCCCACUGCUAGGCCAGGGGGCGCCAGAGAGGCCAGGAGACAUGUUGGGACGGAGGCCCGGGGACCACUGCACUGAAUUCUGUUACUUAAGCUGCUACUGUUGUAGCCAUGGAAACGCUAUGGAGGACUGCUGUGAUCUGCACUGUCAUCGUCGUAAUGGGUGCCGCUGAGGUCGUAGGAGUUCACAGGGAUGAGUUCUCUCAGUCACAAGCUGCUUUCCUGUCCAGUUUAGGCCAGUAUGAGAUUGCAAUCCCAGUACGUGUAGGACCCGAUGGAGAGACGCUGCACAAAAAAACAUCUCAGCACCAAAGAAGAAGACGCGGUACAGAAGAAAUAACACCAGCUGACACCUCUCUCUAUUACCAGCUGACUACGUCGCGUCACAACUUCCUGCUGAACCUGACGCUGCAGGGAGGCCUGCUGUCCCGCCAGUUCAGGGUGGAGUACUGGAAAAGAGGCAGAUUAGCCUGGAGUCACCCAUACUCUCCCCACUGCCAUUACGUAGGACACCUCCAGGACCAGCCACACUCUAGCAAAGUGGCACUUAGCAACUGUAAUGGCCUGCAGGGGGUGAUUGUUGCAGGAGAAGAGGAGUUCCUGAUUGAACCCCUUGUGUCACCAACCAACCAAACCGGACAAGGGAGGGGGGAGAGAGCUGUGGGACGCCCCCAUGUGGUUUAUAAGCGCUCAUCGCUUCGCCACCAGUACAAAGGCCAAUCUUGUGGAGUCAUUGAUGAGAAGCCUACGAAAGGCUCAUCAUGGUGGAAAAGGACGCUGAACACGCCCCCUCAUCACGUCGGUCGAGGCCAAUUACCGCUGAAGCGCUCAGUGAGCUGGGAGCGCUACGUCGAGACGCUAGUUGUAGCUGACAAGAUGAUGGUGGGCUACCACGGUCGAAGGGACAUUGAGCAGUACAUCCUGGCACUCAUGAAUAUUGUUGCCAAACUGUUCCAGGAUUCUAGCCUGGGGAAUGCAGUCAACAUCGUCGUAACACGGCUCAUCCUGCUCAUGGAGGACCAGCCCACAUUAGAGAUCAAUCAUCACGCAGGGAAGUCCUUAGACAGCUUCUGCAAAUGGCAGAAAUCCAUCCAGCACCGGAGCAGCUAUGGCAACGCCAUACCUGACAAUGGCAUUGCUCACCAUGACACCGCUGUGCUCAUCACCAGGUAUGACAUCUGCAUCCAGAAAAACAAGCCUUGUGAAACCUUAGGUCUGGCUCCUGUUGGAGGAAUGUGUGAACCAGAGAGAAGCUGCAGCAUCAAUGAGGACAUUGGCCUGGGAACAGCGUUCACUAUUGCCCAUGAGAUUGGACAUACGUUUGGAAUGAACCAUGACGGUAUUGGUAACACGUGUGGACCCCGUACCCAGGAGACGGCCAAGCUGAUGGCCGACCACAUCACAAUGAAGACGAACCCGUUCAUCUGGUCGGCCUGUAGCAGGGAUUACAUCAGCAGUUUUUUGGACUCAGGUAUGGGCUCUUGUCUGAACAACGUACCCCCUAAGCAGGAGUUUGUGUACCCCACCACAGCCCCGGGUCAGGCCUACGACGCAGACGAACAGUGCCGCUUCCAGUAUGGCGUCAGAUCUCGACAAUGUAAAUAUGCAGAGGUCUGCAGCGAGCUUUGGUGUAUGAGCAAGAGCAACCGAUGCAUCACCAGCAGCAUACCGGCUGCAGAAGGAACCAUCUGUCAGACCAACACAAUUGAGAAAGGGUGGUGCUACAAGAGGCUCUGUGUGCCAUAUGGGACGCGUCCUGAGGGUGUGGAUGGAGGUUGGGGACCAUGGUCACCCUGGGAGGAGUGCAGCAGGACCUGCGGAGGUGGCGUCUCCUCCUCUAUCAGAUAUUGCGACAGUCCGAGGCCAACCAUUGGUGGAAAGUACUGCCUUGGAGAGAGAAAGCGCUACAGAUCCUGCAAUAUUGAUGAGUGCUCUGUAAACUCACAGGACUUUCGGGAGAUCCAAUGUUCCAAGUUUGACAAUGUUCCAUUUCGAGGGAAGUUUUACAUGUGGAAGCCGUACAGAGGAGGUGGGGUGAAGAUCUGCUCUCUGAACUGCCUCGCAGAGGGAUACAACUUCUACACGGAGCGUGCACCUGCGGUAGUGGAUGGCACACCAUGCCGAGACGACUCCCUGGACGUGUGUGUAAACGGCGAGUGUAAGCACGUCGGCUGCGAUCGCAUUCUGGGCUCAGAUGUUCGAGAGGACCGCUGUCGGAUCUGCGGGGGUGAUGGCAGCAGCUGCGAGUCUGUGGAAGGAGUCUUCAAUGACUCUCUGCCAGAAGGAGGCUAUGAAGAGGUCAUCCGAAUCCCAAAAGGUUCAGUGUUCAUUCACAUACAGGAGCUCAACGUAUCCAUGAACCACCUAGUGCUGAAGACUAAAAGUGAUCAUUACUUUCUCAAUGAGAAGCUGACCGCUGACACGCCGCAGCGGUUAAAUGUUGCUGGAACAACUUUCCACUACAGACGCCCUACAGAUGGACCGGAAACUCUUGAGGCUCUGGGACCAACAAAUAUGACCCUCAUUGUCAUGGUGAUGGUAAUGGAGGAGAACCCUGGAAUCCACUAUCGUUUUAACCCCCCUGUCAACCGGGAUCCCCUGAUUGGUUUUGCCUGGUACCACACAUCCUGGUCACACUGUUCUGCUCUCUGUGCUGGAGGUGAGCAGAUCCAGCAGGUGGGUUGUAGGAAGCUAUCAGACCACUCCAUUGUUUACAACCACUUCUGUGAUAAGAAGAACAAGCCCAAAGAGAGGCGCAGAUUCUGCAAUACUGAGCCAUGUUCCCCAACCUGGUGGACAGGAAAGUGGUCGGAGUGCAGUCGCAGCUGCAAUGGUGGCCUGAGGACCCGCGAGGUGUUAUGCAAAAGGAGGCUCUCUGCAUUAGAAGAGAAGGUCCUGGAUGACUCCGCCUGCCCUCCUUCACGGCCCUCAUUUACUGAACCCUGCAACAACCACAGCUGCCCCCCGGAGUGGUUGGCCCUGGACUGGACGGAGUGUACGCCCAGCUGUGGUCCUGGCUACAGGCACCGAGUGGUUUUGUGCAAGAGUGGGGAGAGUGGGGACACGCUGCCAGAGUCCAAGUGCCCCAAGCAUGGUCGGCCCACCUCUAGAGUGCGCUGCAACCUGAAGCGCUGCCCUCCACCUCAGUGGGUGAUAGGUCCUUGGGGAGAGUGUUCUGCAAAGUGUGGACUUGGUCAGGAGAUGCGGUCCGUGCAGUGUCUGACGCACACCAGCAUGCCAUCCAAUGAGUGUCAGGAACAUCUGCGGCCAAUCUCCAUGCAGCAGUGCAAGAGCAAAUGUGACCUCAGUCUGCCUGUCAGUACGGACACCACCGAAGAGUGCAAAGAUGUGAACACUGUGGCCUACUGCCCCCUUGUGCUCAGGUUCAAGUUCUGCAGCCGACCAUAUUUUAGACAGAUGUGCUGUAAAACAUGCCAGGGACACUGAUCUGGACAUGGUGGAUGUUACAAGACACACGCCCCCACCCACACACACACACACACACACACACACACACACACGCACGCACACAAAAUGAGCCUUGUGGCAGCAUCCCGAGAGAGGUAGGUAUUGGGCUGCUGUCAGACUCCCAGUGACGCCAUGACUGUUCACAGUGACAUUUUACCAGCCAUGUGUCCUUGCAGCAUGAGCUGACUUCUACAUUCCACUGGAGGGAGUAUUAUUUUCUUGUAAUAUUAUUUUCUUGUAAUAUUUUGGUGCUACUUCUGCAGCCACUCCUUGGCUACAGGACAGGUUGCAAUAUCGGAUCUUGGGAGGGUUUACUCGUGUUUACUUUGGUCUAAUUGUUAAGCUUGAUCUUAAAAGGUAAUAUUUUUGUUUAAAAACAAUCCACUCCAUUGAGAAGGAAUAUCUUAUAUUAUGAAAAAAGUGACCUGAUAGUUUUUACUUUAUGCAUAUCUUAAGUGUUCAUCAUCAUUGAUUUGCACAAUUCAUAUUUGUGUUUGUUUGGACUUGCAGAAAAGCUUUUAUUUCACUUUAUAUCUACAAUAUUUUAACCCUGCACAGAACAAACACAUGCCACAUUUGUAGUGUUAAUAUUUUAUGCCAUUUUAUGUUGGGCAGCUUUUAACGGAAUCUCCAAAUGAAAGCUCUUUUUUUUUUUGUGCCGAGACGCUCUAUUUUUGAACCACUUACUCAACAGUUUAAGUGACUUUAACGGAAAUUCAAUGUCAUUGUGACUCACUGUCUAAUUAUACACUGUCUCCUCUGUGGCAUAGUCUGAUGAUUAAUGACCGGAUUGCAUGCAUCGUUCAAACUGGUGAAAAGAUUUCUUCCAUACAUGUACGCGACAUAGACAAAAGUAUUGGGACACAAGUCUUUAGUUCCCACUGAAUGUUUAUGUCGAUUCUCAGUCAACCAGGUGAUGGUAAUAGGCAAAGGUUGAAUGGAGGCAACUGGACUUGUUGAAAACAUUUCAUCUCUCAUCCAAAAGACUUCUUCAGGUGUAAAUUUUAGGUGUAGAGUUUUCCCUAAGAAAUUUAUAGUAGGAAGGGGAUUCAUAUGGCCCAUUCAUCACGGUUUACCUGACAUAUGAAACGUGACGAAUGGGAGGGGGCGCUAUCCACCUUACCCGCCAGAUGGCAUUAGAGUAUAGCAAUUCCAACUUUGACCACAGUGUCAGUUGCUAUGGAGAGUGACACUUUCCAUCAUGUUCAGCAGACAGCAUUGCAAAAUGAUUAACCCCCCCCCCCCCCCCCCCCACCCUCUUCUUCUCACGGGAGAUCCACCCAGGAAUGGGCCCAUAUGAAUUCCUUCCCUACUGUAUGUCUUGGUGCGGUCACCGGGGAUGAGUAGCAUAUUCAGUACUUUUAUAGUUACCGAUUGAAUUCCGUCAGUAUCACCGGGUAUCGGUAUUUCAAUACCUUUGUUGCUUGUGACGUCUUGUCCAAUUGCAGACUAAACACUGUCUUGAAUACUUGGCAAGGAAACAAGCACUCAAGUGGACUCAGCCAAACUGCCUCUGUCAUGUUGCAAUUUUUCAUGCCAACAAAGCAAGAAAAAAGCACCAAAAAAAACAGUAAGGUUCCACUUUUCAAAAUGUGCUACCUCAUUGGAUUUGCCAUAGACAUUCUAAAGAUUAGCAUUAGCAAUUUUCCAUGGCGAUUUCAACACCUCCAAAUUUGUCAAUGAAAACUACAAAGAUGUACGUACGUUACAAUCAAACAGGUCGUUUGUAAUAAGUACAAUACUUACACUAUAGAAUAGAAUAGAAAGUACUUUAUUGAUCCCUGGGGGAAAUUCAGCACCACAGUAAUUUGUAUAAAUACUUUACUAUACUACUAGUAAACAUAAGACUAGAUUGGUAAAUUCAGCUUCA